AUGGUUGUAUCAGGUGAAAAUACCGUUUCUGUGCAAAUAAAACUGAUUAGAAAAUAUUUAAAGUUGAAGAUAAUGGAAGAUAAUGUAACUUUUAGAAGCAAUAGCAGUCAUCAUCAAGAGAGGGCUCAUGUUUACGAUUUAAUAAAACGUUCUAUUGCUAAUGGAGAGUCUCAUUCCGCCCUGAUGAUUGGUCCUAGAGGAUGUGGAAAAACGACACUUGUAAAUUCAGUUUUAAGUCAAAUAUCUAAAGAAGUGGAUGUAGAAAAUGAUGCUAUAAUUGUGAAGUUGAAUGGAUUGAUUCAUCAUGAUGAUAAAGUAGCUCUCAAGUCUAUUACUGCUCAGAUGAAGUUAGAAAAUGUAGUUGGUGAUAGAGUGUUUGGCACUUUUGCUGAAAAUCUGUCAUUCCUGUUGAGCUGCCUCCAAAGCGGUGCAGACCGGCAGUGUAGAAGCAUGGUUUUUAUAUUGGAAGAGUUUGACAUGUUCUGUCAUAGUGGACGUACACAGACAUUACUUUAUAAUCUGUUUGAUAUUACACAUAGUAAGCAGGCACCCAUGUGUGUUUUAGGCAUCACAAAUCGCAUUGACGUCAUGGAGUUGUUGGAGAAACGUGUCAAAUCAAGGUUCUCACACAGGCACAUAUAUUUGUUCCCUUAUGAAGAUCUGGAGGCAGAAGCCAGAGGUAAUAAGCCAAAAUCGCCCUUAGAGUGCUGUAAACAAAUACUAGUUUUCCUUCUAAGCGUGCCAAUUAGUUUAGCUGGGGAUAAAGUUGAUGUUGUGAAGAAGAAGACUGGAAGGAGUAAGAAAAAGUCUAUUUCAAACGAACAACCAUCAGAGUUAGAAGAAGACUUAUUACCCGAUGAAGUGGUAAAGAGGUGCAAUAUAAAUAUGGAACAAUUUAAAGCACUGGAUUCCGAUUUCCUUAACGAUUGGAACAGUCAUGUACAAAGUUUGUUGGAUGAUGAGAGAGUGGUUGACAGCUUAGAGAAGAUGUGCUAUUAUACUGUUAAUGAGCAAAUAUUUAGAAAUAUUUUGUUUCAAAUAGUAUCAAAACUAGGGACAAAUAAGCCGUACAUAGACGCUACCGAUCUCGUCUCGAUCAUAGACAAGACUGUAACUCCGGAACACAGGGUGAUGCUUCUGCAGUCGUUGUCUAUACUAGAGUUGUCUCUGGUUAUAGCUAUGAAACACGGCAUGGAGAUAUUCGAUGGUCAACCCAUGAAUUUCGAAAUGAUCUUACACAGGUACACGAAAUUUGCAAACGCAAACUCUUCAACUCAAACGGUACCAAGGCCAGUGAUAUUGAAAGCUUUCGAACACCUUCAGGCAUUAGAAAUAGUGUUGCCAGUUAAAAGUACCGAUUCCAUUUAUAAUGCGGCCGAUACUACGGCGAGUCGAGUGCAAAAAGAAUAUAAAUUAUACACUCUAGCUGUGCCUAUAGAAGAUAUCAAUGAAGCUGUGAAAAACUUUAAAGCAUUGCCCACGGAGAUCAGUCAUUGGUACAAUAAUUCUGUUGAUUAAAAAAAAACUACUAUUUUGGUGGUUUGUAAUUUGAAAUUGGUUUGUUUAAAGACUGAGUUAUUUAAGGAUUCGAUUGUUAUUUUGUUUGGUAUUAAAAAAAUAAAUUAGGAUUGAUAUUUUU